AUGAAGUGUUUCAGGAAGCUUCAGAUCAAACUUGGAAUUCACAGACCUCCAUGGCCUGAAAAUCGUGAAAUUCCAGUUGGCCCGAUAUCCCAAGCCAAAUUUGUUUCCGAACCCUGGUCGUUAGAGAAGCUUUAUGGAAACAACGAAAUUAGUACGUCUAGAUACACUUGGUAUGGUUUUAUUUUUCAAAAUCUUGAGGAGCAGGCUCAGCGAAUUGCAAAUUUCUAUUUCCUUUGUAUUGCCAUUGUCCAACUCUUUACCGACUCACCGGUCUCUCCUGUAACAUCUAUUUUGCCCCUAGCGUUUGUGAUACUUCUUACAAUGGUAAAGCAGGGCUAUGAAGACUUUUUGCGCCACAAAGCUGAUCGAGAAAUUAACAGCGCCCCGGUCCAACUUGUAAAUUCUGAUGGCACUCUUGUUACAAAAAAGGCAUUUGAAAUCUCCGUGGGUGACAUUGUUUUGCAAAGAGCGAAUGACACAUUUCCUUGUGAUCUUGUGUUACUCAGUUCUAGUGAAAGUAACGGCGAGUGUUACGUGACAACUGCUAGUCUGGAUGGAGAGACGAAUCUCAAGCGCUUUGUUGCCAUAUCUGCUACGAAGAAUCUCGAAUCACCGGAAACUCUGGCAACGCAAUUAGAGGGCACUAUAACUUGCCAACAACCGGUUAAUGACUUCUACAAAUUUUAUGGCAGGAUUACUGUACGCAUAAAUGGCUCUGAGUCCACAGAACCUCUGGGUCCUGAAUGUCUGCUUCUUCGUGGGGCAAGACUUCGUGAUACCGAUUUCAUUUACGGUGUCGCUGUAUACACAGGUCCGGAUACUAAGAUGUCUCUCAACUCCAAAGGGAAGCAGACAAAGUACUCACAGGUUGAACGACAGUUGAAUACCUUCCUUGUGGCUAUUUUGGGCCUACUGGUAACAAUCUCAAUUUUCUACACGAUUCUGCAAUUCUCACUGCGUCCAAACUCUGCCUGGUACGUUGUCCUAGUCAAGCCAACCACUUGGAUUGUUGUGCAAGAGUUCUUAGGUUUUCUUGUCCUCUUCAAUUACAUCAUUCCCAUAUCCCUUUACGUGACAAUUGAGUUUCAAAAGUUCUUCGGCUCCAUGUUUUUUGGAUGGGACAUUCAGAUGUAUGAUGAGGAAAUUGGGGAACCGGCUCUGGUCAACACAUCCGACAUCCUUGAAGAGCUUGGUCAAGUGGAAUACCUCUUUUCCGACAAGACUGGCACCCUGACAGAGAACUGCAUGGUCUUUCAACGCUUCUCUGUUUCUAGCGGGACUUACUACGCCCGCAAUGACCGACUCUUUCCCUUGGUCAGCCAGCGAGUCUCCUCUAUAGCUGAUAUUCAGUCUCCACGCACAUCGGGAAUGGGUAUAAAGCCAACAGAAAUGCCCGAAGACGCUCGAAUUCUCUUCCUAAUUCUGGCACUCUGUCACACUGUCCGUGUGGAACGAGAGAUUGAACAGGUAGGCCAUAAACCUGUCGGCACUUCAAAACCUCGGAGUGGAUUAGAGGGGCGGAAGAAAAGGCUGAAAAAGCCGCUCAAACUCAUCACGGACUUAAAGUCGCGAAGAGCACCGCCUAGACGACAGGCCAGCAUCAUGCGCCGCGCCUCUGCUAUGCAGUCCGCGGAAGACGCAAUCUCUAGUUUAAGACGUGGAACAGGAAUCAUGAAGACCAAUUAUGAUUAUCAGGCUUCAUCACCCGAUGAAAAGGCUUUUGUUGAGAGCUGUCGUGACUUCGGUAUUGUCUACCACGGAAUAGAUCCAAAUGGCUUCCAUGUUGUGACAGUGUUCGAUCAGACAGGUACUCGUUACCGCGUUCUGGACGUUUUGGGCUUCGACUCAGAUCGAAAGUGUAUGUCGGUGGUUCUACAAGCCGUCCAAGAUGGCGGGAAAAAUACUGCCGAUUUUGAUCCCAAACAGGGCGUUGUUAUACUUUGCAAGGGUGCUGAAACUAGCAUUCUCCCGAGGUGUGGACGUGUUGAGAAUAUGCCACUCUCCUCGGCCAGCGGUACCAAGUCCACCUCUGACGACCUUUUGUCUAAAUGUCUUUUUGGGAGUCGCAAAAACCUCCAAAAAUACUCCCUGACCUCGGAUUUCGUGAUGGCAAGAGUGACGGAUUUUGCCUCAGCAGGUCUACGAACCCUCGUGAUGGGUGCUCGCUAUUGCCCCCCCAAGGAGUGGAUCAGGCUCAAGACAGACUUGGAUGCGGCUCGAGGCAGGCUGGAAGGACGAGACGAAGCACUUGCUGAAGCCUAUAAGGCUGUGGAGCGUGAUCUUGUCCUGGUUGGAUGCACUGGAAUUGAGGAUAAAUUGCAAGAGGGAGUGCCCGAGACACUCACUGCUCUCAGGGAGGCUGGAAUUCAGGUUUGGGUCCUAACCGGUGAUAAGGAGGAGACAGCAGUCAACAUCAGCUUCUCCGCUGGUCACUUUGCUCCCGGUUUGCCUACAGUUCGUGUAACACAACAGAACAGUUUGAGAGAAUGCAUUGAUGCGAUCAACACAGAGAUUGAAAGAGUUCAGGAGUCCCAGAACCUCGAUCCGGAUUACGCAUUCGGCCUGGUCAUUGACGGUCAUUCUCUCAACUACGCUUUGUCUGUGAUUUUGAAAGACCAAUUUCUCAACCUCUGUCAAAUGGCUAAUUCUGUUCUCUGCUGUCGAUUGACACCCAUUCAAAAGGCUGAGAUUGUGCGAAUGAUGAAAGGCAGUCGUAAACCCAGUCCUGUCUGUUGUGCUAUUGGUGACGGGGCAAACGACGUCUCCAUGAUUCUUGAGGCUCACGUCGGGAUUGGUUUAUUUGGCAAAGAGGGUCGUCAAGCUGUUCGUGCCUCUGAUUACGCACUGGGAAAGUUCCGAUUUCUCAAACGCGCUCUCCUAUUUCAUGGGUUUCAUUACUACGUGCGGACAGCGAACCUUGUGCAAUAUUUCUUCUACAAAAAUCUCGUUUUUACAUUGACACAGGUGCUAUUUGGAAUCUUUUCUCUCUUCUCAUCUCAAAGCAUCUACGCUAAUAUCUACCUUCUGCUUUACAACAUUACCAUGACGUCUAUUCCAAUAAUCUUUUACGGCAUCUUUGAGCAACGUUUGCCGGAGAUUGCGCUAAUGAGCAACGCCGAGAUUUACAAGACUAUCUCCAAGAAUCGGCUGCUUUGGUGGAGGAACUUCUUUACUUGGCUCUCCUUCUCACUUUGGCACGGUUUGGUCAUCUUCUUUGGAACCUACUUCCUUGCUACAGAGGGUGUUUCCAAUGGAGGAAACGGUGGAAAUGCCAUCGGUGUUUUGGAGGGUUUCGGCUCCUUCAUGAUCGACUGUGUUUUCAUUACAGUGAAUAUCAAACUGAUGUUAGCCAGCUACCACUUCAAUGUAUUUUUAAUAGUCUCCGUGGUGGGAACAUUGUUGGUCAAUUUUGCUGUCUUCAUUCUUUGCAACUAUGUCGUGCUACCUGUCGGAGAUCCGCGUGCCCUGCUGGGGGUAUGGACAAGGAUUGGCACGGGGCUGGGAGCUUUUGUCUCCUACUUUGGGCUUUUUGUCCUGUUUGCACUCUGUUUUGUGCCGGACCUUCUCUAUCGUCUCUAUGUGGACAAAAAUGUUGAGACUUACUUCCAGAAUGCCGCUAAAUCUUCAGAAGUAACUACAGCAGACGAAUCGAGCGACUCGUACAAUGGUGCUGUCAAUGGUGCCUACUAUGGAAGCUUGCCAAAUGUAAAUCCCCGCCAAUACAAAGGCGGACAAGUCGAUCCCUCCACUGCCUACUUGCGACGCAUUCACGAGGAACAAGUGGCUAGGGCUGGUAAAAGCCGUUCCCCCGACUACACGAAGCGCUCUUUCAACGUUUUCUUCACUAACACAGCAAGUGAGAUCUCCUCCGUGGUAAUCCCUGAAGACGAUCCGUACUUUGUUCCUCAACCCACAGACUCGUCCGAGUAUCGACGAAUCAGUCCGUGGGCCUUCUUGCAAAAGUCCUCCUGA